AUGCCGCGUUCUAUUGAAGCACGACCUGUACGAGUAGCCAACUGCUCCGGCUAUCACGGUGAUCCCCCUCGCGAGAUGUACCGCCAGGCGACGUUGGGCGAUGUCGACUUCAUCACCGGUGAUUAUCUUGCAGAGGUCAAUUUGGCCAACAACGCACAGGCUUGGAGGAUUGGACACCAUCCGGGCUAUGAACCAUCCGCAUGGGAGGGCAUUCAACAGACGAUCGAUAUAAUUGCCCAAAAAGGCAUCCGGGUGGUGAUUAACGGUGGCGCUUUGGAUCCCGAGGCCCUUGCAUUGAAAGUAGAGGCGCUGGCUUUUGAGAAGAGGCUCAAUCUGCGCGUCGCCUAUCUCUCAGGCGACGAUUUGUAUCACUCUCUCGGUCCCAAUAUGCCAACCACAAAGCACGAACUGCUUCAUCUGGACUCACGCAACCCCUCCACCGUCCCAGAUGAGCUCACUUAUGCCUUCCUUCACAAUGACGGCACUCCGGUUCCCAUGGUCUCUGCGCAUGCGUAUCUUGGAGCUCGUGGAAUUGUCGAUGGUCUUCGACGUGGCGCUGAUAUUAUCAUCUGUGGACGAGUGGCAGAUGCCAGCCCCGUGAUUGCCGCUGCUUGGUUCUGGCAUGAUUGGGCCGAGACUGAUUACGAUCAGAUAGCAGGAUCUCUGAUCGCAGGUCAUCUUAUUGAGUGCUCGGCGUACGUAACUGGUGGCAACUUUGCUGGUUUCGAUAAGUAUGACCUGGACAGCCUGGUGGCCCCAGGCUUCCCCAUCGCCGAAAUUGCCACCGAUGGCACAUGCAUUAUUACGAAACAUCCCGGAACAGACGGCUUUAUCAACGUGGAUACCGUCCGCUGUCAGUUCUUAUACGAGCUGCAAGGAACCACCUACCUCAACAGUGAUGUCAGCGCCCAUAUUGCCGACCUAGUCGUUGAAGACUCCGGAAAGGAUCGUGUGCGCGUAUCAGGCGUUCGAGGAGCCCCGCCACCAUCAACCACCAAGUGUGCUGUCUUUUAUCAAGGAGGAUAUGAGGCCCAGCUUCUGCUCAACGCAACUGGAUAUGCCACUGCCAAGAAAUGGGACCUUAUCGAUAAACAACUCCGUUAUCUAAUUCCGGCAGAAGCCAUGAAAGAUCUAGAAACCUUGGAAUUCCAAAGAGUUGGAGUUCCCGCUGAAAACCCGAGCUCUCAGCUGGAGAGCACGAGCUACCUUCGAGUUUACUAUACCUCUCACAAUCAAGCAACUGUCCUCGCUGUAACAAAGGCGAUGGGAAACAUCUCUCUAAGACAUUUCUCCGGCUUCCAUGCCUCAUUGGAUAUGCGAACCGCAAUUCCCCGACCUUUCCUUGCCUACUAUCCUGCAAUGAUCAAGCAGUCAGAUAUCAAUGAGAAGAUCAACUUCAUCGACGGAUCCGACAAGAUCUCCUUCGAAACCGGCCAUCCACCUCUAUACGAGGAACUUGGCAUUCGGGAGAGCUACGACCCUAAAGACCCACAAACAUACAACUGCGAAAAUAAACAGAUGCGCCUCGGAGAUGUCGCCCUCGGUCGAUCGGGUGACAAGGGAGGAAACCUCAACGUGGGAUUCUUCCCUACAAACCCCGCUCACUGGCCCUGGCUCCGGGAUUAUAUGACCAUAGACCGCAUGCGCCAACUCCUCGGUAAAGACUGGCAUGAUAGCUUUUUCAUCGAGCGUGUUGAGUUCCCUCGUAUCCAUGCAGUCCACUUUGUUGUUUAUGGUAUUCUGGGCCGUGGUGUGAGUAGUUCUAGCCGCCUAGAUGGAUUUGGAAAGGGCUUCGUGGAUUAUGUUCGGGAUAAGUUCGUUGAUGUUCCAGUCGAUAUUCUUUAG